AUGGAUCCACCAACGCCUAAACCGCGCUGGCUCAAUCCCCGACCUUCCAGCAUCUUCACACGCAUCACAACCUCUUUACAACCCUUCGCGCAAUAUCUCAGGCACAUUUUCCGUCCGAGAUUAACGUGGCGAUAUGUCGCGUGUUCUGUUAUCGGCGUCUACGUGCUUUACUGCUUUGUAACAUGGCAGCCGUUCUUCUCGUCGCGAUUACCGGCUUAUUCGGGUCCCCAUGACGUAGGGGCCGUUGAUCUGGAGAUUCCGCUUGAGAAACCGAAGCGUUUGUCUGAGACGCUGCUGAAGAGCACGAAGAAGCCGGCGUUUGAGGUUGAGAGUGUGCUGUUUACCGUGUAUUACCCUGCUGUUAAGGGCACCAGGUCAAAGGGUGCGCUACAUUCUUGGGUGCCGAAACCGCUGAGUCUUACAGCGGAGGGAUAUGCGCGCGCCGCGGGGGUGAACAACUUCAUCAUCCGACCCAUCUUCACAUUUGCGCUGUGGGUUCUCGUGGGCAGUAUCACGAUUCCCGCCAAAGUAGACGUCCCGCUCUUAGGAUCUGACGGGGAGAAGUUUCCAGUCAUGGUGUUUUCGCACGGGUCUGUGAGUUCGAGAACGGACUACACGCAUUAUCUCGGUGAACUCGCCAGUCGGGGUCACGUCAUCGCUGCGCUUGAACAUCGCGAUGGAAGUUGUCCCGGUAGUAUGGUCCAGAUCAAGAACAAGAAGGACAGGCCUGUGUUCCUCUUGAAGGAAAGCGAUCUCAUUUCCGAGCCGCCUAUGAACGAUACGUUGCUCAAGAAAGAGCAGCUUGCGUUUCGCACGGAGGAGAUCAUGCAGGCUAUUCGAGUCCUGAAGGAUGUCAAUGACGGUAAGGGCAAGGAUAUCUUCGCCUCGAGCUCCCGUGGCGAAGGCAGCACAUUGGAUGGAUGGAAGGAUCGGUUGGACUUCAAGCAUCUAACCAUCAACGGCCAUUCUUACGGCGCAACAGGCGCUCUCCAGGCCCUCAAAACAGCCAACACCACCGCUGCAAAUCCCGCCAUCGGCGGCAUCGCUCUCGACCCUGGCAAAUCCAGCGGUCAACUCAACACCAACAUCCCCGUGCCUCUCCUCGUCGUACACUCCAACUCCUGGUCCAAAACCCACAGUAUCUUCUUCGGCCGUCCUCACUUCGACACAGUUCUCGAGCUCGUCCGUGGCGUGCGCGACAAAGUCGGUUCAGCAUGGUUUCUCACCAGCAUUGGAACAGCCCAUCCCAGUGUGACCGAUGCACCCCUUCUACAGCCUUUACUGCUCAACUUUGCAACUGGCGCUACGGCGGAUGUGAAGAAGGCGUUGGGGGAGUAUGUCAAAGUCACGAUGGACUUUUUGGAGUUUACAAAGACGAACAAAGAGAAUGGCGUGCUGGAUGAGGCGGUUACGCAUGAGAAGUACGGGGAGUGGGUUAGCAAGGAGAGGGAGAAGAGUUUUCCUAAGGAAUAUGCCAAGUAUUGGGAGGUCCACGUCUGUCCACUCGAUCAGGAUAAGUAG